AUGGCUUCUGCGCAAAAGUUUUCCUGUGUUGUGGCAAUGUCUAAAAAUCGAGGAAUUGGCAAAGAGAAUCGUCUUCCGUGGCAUUUAAAGUAAGUGUGUAAGAUUUCUUCGCAGUUCUAGUUCAAAAGAAGUCCGUUUUAACUUGCGUGCAGCAAGGUCGUUCACCACUGUCCACAUUUAAAAGCCUCGUUUUGUCCGCGGAGAUUUUCUACUUUUAUGUAACAAGUCACCAGCGACGGUUCUGAUUAAUAUGAAGUAUGAAGCGUUUGUUAAAACUUUACUAUAACGAGGUAGUUGAUGCUGCAAAAGUGCAUGCACGCACGCAUGACUGCCUGUCCCGUUUUAUGACUUGACCUUUACUUGCCCCAUCACACCCCGAACCGUAGUUUGUUAUUUUCGAUUUCUUUUUUAAAAACUUCAUUUGUACUUUGAGUCUUUUGGGUUUUGAUCGGGGGUAGAGAACUUUAAACAGUUUAAACUGACAACGAACGUUUUGCAUGUUGCUUUAAGUAAUGGCCCGUGUAAGAGUCAGAAACAGUCAGAAACGUGACAAAAACAACUUUUUUUAGCUUUAUUUUCCCCAUUCCCCUGUCUUAUACCUCACGGCCAAGUUUCAGCAUUGUUCUAUGCGCCAAUCAAAAGUUAGAGCGGAAAACGUGCAACACACGCGCGACCUUGUUGUGACCCCAUCUUAGUGUGACACUUGAGAUGUUAGGAAAUUUGUCUUUUACCCGAAGAAAUCUCGUCAAUUUCUUCGUGAAAAAUCUGCAUUUUUUCUUUAUUGAAUAGUUAUCUCAAAUUUACUGUAUUUUAUCAUCGGAGUGAUCGUCAAAAUGCUCUUAAACAUGGUUUGCUGCCGUCCUCGACAUGCCGAGUCGCCAUGUGGAAAUUUGGGCCCGGCGUAGUUGUUUUCGUUGUCAGGCCGGAUCAGAAGGAGAUCGGAAUAAUUGUGGCACUAGAAAUUAGAGAACAGCUGCGCAUAAAAGGAGAAAGCGAAAGAUUGGUUGUUUUUACAAGGAUGAAUUUAUUUCUCGAAGAGAUGUAGAACACUUGAGCUUGAGGUAAGCUGAAUUCAAUAGAUUUUCGCACCUCCGCGCGCAUUAUGUGUUAUUCAUGUGUUUGCCCUUUUCGAAACUUCCAUAUUCCGUGUAGCUUUACCCAUCUCUCAUUCGAUUUUUUUCUCUCUAGACUGCUUCAUCAAGCGAAAUGGAAGUUCGCCGUGGACCUUAAGUUAAAAUGAGCGAAUUGAAAUUUGUGACACGUUUGCAUUUUGUACCUUUGAGUUCUGAGGCGGAGAAUACCGAGACGGAAGCCGCUUAGGUAUCAUAAAUAGCUGUCACUGGUGUUUGAGUUUCUCUUGGUACGGAAGAUCUAGCGAGCAUGACUGUAGCUUGCCUUUAUUUUUUCCAAGGACGAAAGAGAUUGUAAGAAGGAUUUUUAUAGAGUAAUAUCAAAACCUUGAAAACAGAUAAACUGUAGGAGAGCUUUUUCUGAAACCCAAUUAUCCGAACAUGCAGGAAUUUUUUCUAUCUGGGCAACAUCAUCUUUUUUUCCAAAAGCAGAACAUUUAGAUAACAUUUAGAUUUGAUUUUGUGUACGUGUUGUUGUUCUGUAUGGUGGCCGAAUAUGCAUUGAACGCGGGACAUUGGCGCCUUCGCCAGAUUCGCCACGUGAGACUGAAUUGCUGCUGUUUACGAUCAUGGUUUUGACAUUUCUUUUGUGAGAGCCGACGUAAAUGUUGUUCCCAACGUCGCUGAUUGAUGUAACACUGUGCUCAUCUUCGUGUAAUUUCAUAUCAGUUUAACUUCCUCGGGUUUGGCGCAUAGAAAUCUUUUAAAUUUUAGAUAUGUUAUAUUUUUCAACAUAACAAAGCAAUAGACGAAUGAGUCUUAAGCUAUCUUAAUUCAACUUUAAAUAUUCAAAUUUCGCGCUUUUCGCUGUAUUGACCUAUCAGAGCAUUCAGAUUUAAUUUGAUUAGAGAAAUUAGCGCCUGAAAAAUAACUGACGCUAUAUUCUGCCUGCUUCUUAGCUGGACCAUUACUUAAUACGCUGAUUCAGGAAAAAACCAGAAGUUGCAUGGAAGCGAGGCCUAAGGGCCCUUCGGCCUUUGCGGCGCCUGGCGGUAAAAACAAAUGGUUGUUGAAAAAAGUUUCAAGACCUAGCAAGUAAAUAUUGAAGUGGUCAAAUUGACAACCGAAAAAAGAACGGGAGCUUAAAAAUUUGCAGGUUAAAAGUAAACCAGGUAAAAUUCUAAUAAAAAUGUACAAGAAUAAACCAAGGCGGUAACAAGAAAGUCCUUUACGAUCGAAAGUUAAGUUUAAGGUGAAAUAAUUUUAUAACUUUACAAACCGACCGAUAGAUACAAUAAAUUCAUUUGUUUCCUGGCCCAGAGAGUCAAGAACCUUAAUGUUAUGUCUGAAAAUAGAGAUAAAGGUUAUGAUCCUGAUCCAGGCAAAGGCUUCACCAGGCCCAUCUCCAGUGACACUGACCGAUACCCUAGGUCACUGUAAGGAUUGUGGCAAGAUUACUGAAAAAAAUCUCUCUCUACGUAUGCCAUUGGGGAAAUGUUGUUCAUGAUCUUGAUCAUGAAGUAUCUAAACCUGUUGAUAACGACGUUGUUUACGUUAGGCCAUGGCUUUUUGUUGUUCCUCCUGCAAAAAAUAUUGUGUCAAAUAUAAAGCACGUAUGAUUGUUAACCCAGUUGGAAAACCCAAACUUAUGACUAGCCGCGUAUGAUUUAUUAUGUCCUGCUGGUAGGAGCGGCUGCAGUUGCCUUGCAGUUGUCUUGGCAGUUAAAUGGAAAUUGGAUGAAAUGUCAUGGAACAAUGAAACGAAAAAUCAAUGCGAGAAUAACGUUCCCAGCACUUCUUAGUCAAGAAAAUGGGGAAUUCCAGGUAGAUGAAUAGUGGAACAUUAGCGGUCAGUCAUGGCCUUAAAGCUACCAGGUCAUAAGAGGAAGGGCGUGUUGUCUACUUUUUAUGAUCCCUGUCGUUUGAAAUCGAGAAAGUUAGACCCCUAUGCUGUUGAAAAACUCCAAGUGAACAUUGUCAGAGUUAACAAAGGUCUUCCCUUUUAAAAGAUGAAUCCCAAUGCUUCUGAUAUAGUACUUGUGAAUUCCCUAAUUGAAAUUGCUGCUAAAGGAUUUGCUCUACAAAUGCAAAUGAAAGAUUUUACUCACAUCUGUUUCUUCUACAGACAAUAGUACAUAUACUUCUGUUCUCCAACCAAAUCCAUGUUUAACAAAUACAACAGUGUCUCAAGUCAAUUUAACAAUCAGAGCCAACAAUACACACAGACAAUAGUUGAUGUGACCACAAAUCAAUUUCACGAUCUCAUGUGUCAAAAAAAUACAAUCUUGUCUCACUGAGCCAAUUAAACACAGUCAACAAUACAGAUACUGUAAUUUACCUGAAAUUGAACACAAAUCAUUUAAUAGAUCAGCCCUUCAGCACGGAUCAACAAGGAAUUGUUUCAGCAGCAGGUACCUUUUAUUAUGGCAUCAUGGAAGGAGAAAUUAGUACACCUUUAGAACUUUUUUGACCAAUACAUUUUACCAGAAUAAGCAUACCCCAUGCUCAAGUUUGGCCUGUGGUAUGACCUCAAGUUAAGAUAGUUUUUGUAAAUCAAGCAAGUCGACUUGGGUUAUUGUUAGCACAGGUCUUUUAUUCACUCUGAUCCUACAUGUGAAGAAUCCCUUAUUGUAAUCUGUCAUGUCACAACCUGUAACAAAUUUAAUGAUUGCACACUAACUAUUAAUUGUGUGUGAUAUUAUACCUUAUAUCCAUUUCCUUCCCCCCAAAAGUAAAAAUUUGAAAAAUAUUUUUUCCAGGUGUAUUUAUUUUUUGGAAAAAGUCGUCAGUAUUCACUUAAGUGACAUCUCUCACACUGCUAUAAUACGUUAGACGGGAAACGCUUGGUUCUAUAAUACUUCCAAAACGUUAAACGUAAAGUAAAGUUUCAUAAUCUCGAAACCCAGUGUAGACUAAAUGAAUAUCAUCUGGGUUUUACAAAACGCGUUCCAGACCAAACGUGAAAACCUACUCCUUCUUCCUUAAUCCUUUUUUAAGGAUUUCCACUUCUAAACGUUUCGUUUCAACAAUUUGUUUGAUGGCUGGAAGACCUUUAAAUUAACAGCUUGUGCUUUAUCACUCAAUGACGAUUCUUCUGACCUUUUUUUUCUCAUGGGAUACUUUUCCUUAUGUUCCCGUUAUUCUUUAACAUUUGAUUUGGCUGAAGACGAAGCAGAAACAGGAACGGAUGCCUCCUGUUUUUAAGUCGACCUUUCUAUGUCCGGCGAGACUAAUUCUGUAGUCGUUUGGUACGAAAUGCAGCUAAAUGCUCUGAACAACAAUAUUCCUUUUUCCCAUCUUCUACUUGAUUCAAGAUCUGAUGAAACUUUUUUGGUAUAUAGGUGAGAUCUGGCCGAUUUUCACUUCGAUUAUUUUAUGUGGGUGCAGCACUUGUCUUAUUUUGCUUACAAGAAUCUUUUUGUUACGUCGCCAUUUUAAGUGUGAGGGCCCUUUAAUAGGCCUCGCUUCCCUGCAACUUCCGGUUUUUUCCUGAAUCGGCGUAUUGCGAUAAUUUAUUCACAAAACAACUGGGACGUGAGUUGAGGGUGGGUGCGGGGAUGAAAAGGGGCGUGAGGCAACGCUCUGAACCCCAGCUGUAUAUAAAACUCAAACUCUCAAAGGAAAAAGCAUUUCAACCAAGCAGAGGUACAAGUGAUCGAGCUGAACUUCAUGAAAAAUUAGAUAAGGGGAAGUGUUAAAAAAAUUCGUUUAAAUUACCACUGACUACGUAAAAUUGUAUAAAUUAAUGAGUUUGUGCUGUAUUUUGUACAUAAACCAAUGAGAUGUUUUAUUAACGCAUUUGUUUUCUAUUCGUUUCAGGGAAGAUAUGAAAUUUUUUUUUCAUCUCACUUCAACUGCAGCUGAGGGUAAACACUUCAUGUUCUUAUAUCCCUUAAGCUUUGUGAAGUAUGACCAAAUAUUUUUCACUUCCACUUGUUAUAGUUUCAGUGGAGACAUACUAAAAAGGAGGACAGUCAAACCACAGAGGGACCAUAGAAAGUGUCCGUAUUAUUAAACAAGGUGUCCAUGUUAAGCAGGUUGAAUUUUAAAAAAAUGUAGGGCUUUCUUUUGACAGAGACGAAGGAAACUGUCCAUUAUAAUGAAGUGUCCAUAUUAAGCAGGGUUUGACUGUAUAAAUAUGAAGGUGUAAAAUGAUGUUGUUAGUUUAUAAGAAGAUAAACAGUAUUAAAAACAAGUACUGUAAAUGCAAGGCAGUCCAUAUAAAUGUUAUGAACGAGCACAUUAUAUAUCCCCUUUAAUUCCUCCAGCUUCUUAAUUGACCAUUCCCAUGAUCUAAAAACAACCAUAUAAAAUUAUGUAACAACUCCCUUUUUUUAAAAAAAAUCAAAACAUAAAAGGGUUUACUAAAUCAAUCUGAACACAUUACUGGCAACACUGUGCCAAACUAUCUACAAAGAAAUUCUGUCCUCUCUUAAGGUAUUAGAUCUGCUAUAAACCCUUCCAUUUGAAAGAUUUAUUUCUCCAAUGAUUAAGAAUUUGGCAAAAUAAAAGUUAAACAGGCCUAUCAAGCGAAAGCUGAGCCUUCAGAAAAUAAUAGUUGAUAUCCGAGGUGUCAAUUUUCACACCUAAGGUGUUAUUUCCGAUUUAUAUCGCAGGCUCAAAAAUUCAAUAAUUCCGUUAAUUUCUCGCUUUCUAUCGAUGGCUAGGAAUAGAAAAAAAAUUGGAACUGACUUAUACUUAGUUUGUUCAUUUACCUUUAAAUUGACGUCAUGUUGAAUGGGGUCUUUGGGAUUUGUUUAUGGCUUGUUGCUAGGCAACUGCGGAUACCAAACCGAUAGAAAGAUUUAUGACCAGAGCAAAAUUCACAGUUCACUUGCGAUCCUCUCAUGAUCCAUGCACUGCGUGCGCGACAAAAUUGUAAACUCCUUCGCUCGCGGCCUGUGAGAACAAUUUGAGCUUAGAUUUGGCCAUGGUUAGAAGUUCGGAUUGCGGUCUUGCAACAGCUGGACUAAAUCUGUGUAAGUGAUCGCAUUGCAGGUGGAACCAAUGUCUAACUGACAAACUAACAGUACUUUCUCAUCACCAUCUUCCAGAAAUGUAAUACUGGAUGUCAUUUGCUUUCCAGGCCCUUCAAUUUCAGAAAUUUCUCCUAUCUUCAGUAUGGAUUCCUUGGAAUCAUAAUCAUCAACUUUAGCUUCUUCUGCAAAAUGGACGGUUUCACGGCCAUCUUUUGUUGACAAACACACUUUGCUGAAUUGAUUCAUCUUCUUACAAAUUCUACAUUGCUGACCAUAUAAGCUGGACAAUUGGUGGGCUUUGAAUGUCAUUUGGCCUGAACACAAAACUUGCAUUUCCACGUUUUCUCUGGGCCUUUAGUGGUCUUGUUUGGAUUUGAAGGUCUUGGUUUCUUGCUUUUUUAGUUUUACUUUUGUCUUGAAUUAGAUGAAGCUCUUCAUUCGACUGUUUGCUCUCAUGCUGAAGCCACUUGAUCUGCUUGUUUGUAAUCUCACUUGAUUUGGACAUGUCAAGGGCCUUAUCCAAAGAUAAAUCUUUCUCCUGGAGCAGUCUAACUUUCGUGCCAGUAUCUUGUAUGCCAAUAACUAGCCUAUCAUGAAUCAUCUCUUUGGUGAGUUUUCCAAACUGACAAGAGGAUGCCAGUUUCCUCAACCUAUUGACGUAGCCGUCAACAGUUUCCUCAGGUGUUUGAAUACAGGAAUUGAACCUUUCGUACACUAGAUUUCUUUUAGGAAGAAAAUAAUCUUCGAGUGCAGACAACGAUGAUGUGAUCAUGAUUUCUUCAGUGCCAAAAUUAAGAUUGAGAAAGAUCUGGAGACAGUCUUUCCCCAUGAGUAAACAAAAGGUCGCUACACGAAUCGCUUGACUCUUUUGAUCCAAUCCUGUUGCCAGUUCGUAAUCCUUUGCUAUUGUUGCUUAAAAAAUUCCCAGUUACUGGUGAGAUCUCCUUAGCAAACCAUAGCGUUUGGUACUGGAAAAUUUGAAGGAACACAAAUUAUUUGAAGUUACGGCGUCGCCGCUUCUGAGGAAGCUUGACACGAGUUGUUCGGCAUUGCACUAUGUCGACACUAUGCGCACACAUGGUCCAGUGAACUAAGCCGCUUAAAAUGCUCUCACUAAUCAGUAUGUCCGCUGUGCAUGUCAGGAACAGCUUUGACUGACUGUAAACUGGACUUCUCUUCUAGAGCAUAUCUAGCUCGUGGUAAAAUAAGCAAAAUCUUCUGACACCAUAUUUGGUUAACACAGAACACAAACGUAACCAGAUGCCAUGCUUUUAAUGCCUAGUCCAUGUAAGAUGCAUCCUAGUUUAUACAAACUUACAACACCUAAAUGUGGUAAAAACAACCAUAUAUGUAACAAUUGAGGUACAAUAGUAUAAUCAACAUGGAAGAACAUGAAGCAGUUUUGUCAACCUCUGCCCCUUUCAGGCAGUUAUUAAAACCCUUGUCACAAAAAUAUAUGACAACCCAAUCACUAUUGUCAAGUUUUUACCAUCUCUCCCCCUCCCCCCAUCUUUCUCACUUCCAAAAUGCAGGACCUGUUCAUGUCUCUAUUAAUUUUGAUCAGAAAGUUCUUGAUUGAAGUGGAAAGUACCAUAAACAUUAAUGUGUUUAAGCUAUAAAUACCAGCGGGAUCGUUAUAAGUUUCUGGGAAACUACCCACCUACCCCUCCCCUAUGCCAACGUAUAUUUUGCCCUAAGUGAGAAGUAAGUGUUAAUGUUGGCUUAGGGGAGGGGUAGGUGGGCAGUUUCCCAGAAUCGUAUCAGGACUGUGCUCUAGCAGAGCCCAGUGGCCCUUGGUGCCCAACUUUUGCCCUUGGGUGACUAGAAAAAUCUUAGUUUUUUCAUGCAAAUCAUAUGCUGGGCAUCCUAGAUUUUACAGGUUCAGGGCACUGGGAUCCCUUCAAUUUUCCUCAGAGCACAGCCUUGCAUAUAAUGACCUGUGUAUAAUUAUCAAAAAUAUGUUUUAAAUGAUAAAAAUGUUAUUUUCCUUUGAAACAGGAAAGGAAAAUGCUGUUAUCAUGGGACGCAACACCUGGGAAUCCAUUCCAGAAAAGUACAGGCCACUUUCAAAAAGACUCAAUAUCUUGUUGAGUAGGAAAUUGACUCAGAGGUACCCUAGUGCAUGGUUUAUUAAAAUUAACUUAAAUAGAGUUUUUAAAAAAAAUUGAUGACUCAAAAUUCUCAUGUAACAGGUUCCUUGGUGCAUCACAUUGGCAUCAUUAACCACCCCCCUCCGAAACAAAUUUCCACGACCAAACAUCUCAUGGUGAAUUUUAAAACCAUAACAAUAUUUUAAAACUGGUGAAACUUUUACUGUUAUUAACAAGAUAGGGAAUUAUAGAAAACAAUAAUGCAAUAUUUAAUAAUAUACACUUAAUGUCAGAUCCUGAGGGAAACAGUUAAAUUUGUUUUCCCGACAGGACAGGACAGGACUCGAGGGAAAACAAAACUAACUGGUUUCCCGAGGGACCUGACAUAAAAGUGUUUUGUUAUAUUUCUAGACUUUCACUUCAACAGCAACAAAAGAAUAACUGGCCAGCAAACCAAAAUAGUUGACUCAGUACUAAUAUAACAACACAAAUUUAAUUCUUAAAACCAAUGGAGGAAUGCGUUACAAAGUACUUUCCUCAUAUUAUCUGCAUCUUUUUCCUCCACUAGCUGCUGUUUUUCUUCUGGGAUGUCUUUAAAAAUCGUUUCUUUUCACCUUGCGACUUCAUGUUUGUGUUGUUGUGUUCAUUCACUUAACUGAAAACUUCAAACUGGCAGUACCUAGUGGCAGUGUUUUUCCCGCCUUCUGUCAUGCCACUUUCCACCAUGCCUUGAUCACGUGCUACAAUGUAUCACGAGUGGGGUACAUUGCUUUAUGUAUCAUGAUAAGGAUACAUUUGAUUUUAGUUGAGUGAAAGUCCAGGAAUAUAACAAAAUGUUAUUUGAUGCAAGCCAGUUGGUGAAUUUUACCAAUCACUUUUAAAAUUAAGAAAUGUGAAUGAACUACAGUGCAACCUUGAUUUAACGAUGAGCUAAAGGACUGGGCAAAUUUUGUUUGCCAUAAUGAGAUUUUGUUAUAUCGAGGUUCUGUUCCAUUAUUUUACAAUAACUGGGGCAGAGAACAAUGUUUGUUAUAUCAAGGAUUUCAUCAUAAUUAUAGAGGUUCAUUAUAUCAACGUUCUACUGUUAUGUCUGACACUCCCUUAACGUACUUGAGUACUAGCCAAAAUUUCUCCCUGUAUCCCCACCAAGGUUUUAGCCAGAAGGGUGUUCAGCCGUCCUAUGGACGCCCAUUUUUGGAAGAAACACAAGGAAAAUUCACCUAAUCUCUCAUACGUUUACGGGAAAACGUGAAUUUUGGACGGCCAGUUUUCAAUGUCUGGCUAAAAGCCUGAUCCCCACAACCAGUCCCUAAAUAAAAAAUCCUGAAAUCAAGAAUUUCACACCCAAAAAUAUCCUUGUCAUAUAACUGGCACCAUAAAUGCAGAGUACCACAGCAACCAAUCUGACUUUCAAUUUGCUUUAGUCAUUCGAAUCAUAAACCAUGCCAGGGGUGUGAUGGUUUUUUUUUUAUUAUAGCAUAUUGCAGGUCCACCAGCCUGAUUAUUCAACACCAGCAAAUUAACCUAAUUGUAUUCUAAUAGAUUUCUAAAGUGAUGAUGUGAUAAAAAUUAAAUUUUUAAAAUUAUGGGAUUUGUUGGAAUAUGAAAUAACAACAUCUGAAAGGCCUAUUACUUGCCAAAUACAUGUACAUUGAGGGGCAAAUUGUCUUGGAGAUACUCAAGUCCCGUUUUUCACUGAUGACUUCAUACAAAUCCUCCUAAAUUUGACUCAGUUCCUAAUGUUAUGAACUGAGUCAAAUUUAGAAGGAUUUGUAGGGAGUCAUUAGAGCAUCUGGGCUAAUAUCUCAAAGACAAUUUGCCCUGAAAUGCUAAUUUUUGGCAAGUGGGCCUCUUUGCAUGUUGUUCUUUCAUAUAUAAAAAUUCCAUAAUUUCACUAAUUUAUUAUUGUUUAUGACAUCAUACUUUAGGACUCUAUUAAAAUUGUAGCCAUACGUUUCAGCUUCUGCAAAGAAGAACUGUUAUGCCAAAACAUUUAGUCACUAUGAUUUCACAGCUCUAUUCAUGUAUGUUGUCUAUAGUGAAGCACCUGAGAAGGUCACUGUCUGUUCCAGUCUGCAAGAUGCACUGGAUGUGCUUGCAAAGAAAGACAACGUGGAUAAAAUCUUUGUGAUUGGUGGAGCAGCAGUCUACAAGGUAUAUAAGUGCCAUCUGAUUAGUUUGAUGUAGCCCUUAUGCACAUUUAUGUCAGACCAGCAAAUUUCACCAGCAAUCCUUGUUUUGAAAUUGUAAAGUAUUUUGGGAAGUUUUGCAUAAAUGAAUUCCCAAGGCAGUACAGUUGAAAGGAAUACCCAGGCACAAAGAAUGCACGUGCAAAAAAUUUCGCAUACAAAUAAAGUUUAGUGGUGAAAUUUACUAGUCUGAUGUAAUCAUGCGUAAGGGCUAUUGGCUUGAGGGCAGGGCUAGGGAUUUCAACCCUCUAUGAGAAACGUUAGUGGCCCCUAGCUACAUUCAUCAUUAGGAAAAUACAAUGUUGAUGAAAACUGAAGCUAAAAAAAAUCCCUAGCUGUUUGAUUCACCAGCUACAGGACUGUAGCACGUGACGGCAUAAAUUAAAAAGAGAUUGAAAUAUGAUAUUGAAUAGCCGCUGUGAAUCAUUUUCAAAAACUGGAAUGUUUUUGUGAGCCUUCCAAAAUUAAUGUUACCACAAAACAUACAGCAAAAAAUUGGGGGGCGUAGAAAAUGCUGAAUAAAUGAUAAAAGAAACCUCUGAGGGUAUCGUUCGUGUUCAUAGCAAGAUACAAAAUGCUACAAACUUGCUAAAGUAAAUAACAUACCGAUCUCAUGCUUAAUUUCAAUAAAUAUUUCCUUGCCUAUGGCCGGCAAUCAAACAUUUUCUGUUGUUGUUUCAAAAGUGCAGAAUGAGCAGGGAAUUUUGUUGUUUGUUCAGUAAAAUUUAGCGUGAGAAUCAUAAGUUUAAGGCGUCCGUUCGGGCUCCCUGCUUGAAAUUUUGGUCGCCUGUAAAUAGUAGGCACCUCUGGCAACCGGGUGCCCUUAGGCAGCAGCCUUGAUACAUUUACUUCCAGUUAACUUAAACAACCUAAACAUCCAAUUUAAUACACUACAGAUAUCUUAAUUAGGGGGCGGCAGACGACUCGUGAAGUAAAUGUAUCAGGCGUUCUUUUUUUUCCCCUUUGCCCUGAUCGCAGGUUAGCUCAGGGGUUAUUGAUAUCAAUAUUAUAACCUGACUGGGAUACAAGUCCUGUUCCAUCCCAUGUUGCUAUGUGUGACUUAUAGUGGCUGUGUGGAUUUACUGUUCGCAGGAUUAGUGGUUUCAUAAGCUAGAUUUAUAAAUUAAUGGCCCUGACAGAGUUUGAAAAAACUCCCAUCUGCAAAGAAUAGAUUUUCUUGCUAGGCAAGUUACUUUUAAAGCUUCCUUGCCCAAAGGGCAAGGUUCCACAAGUCAACUCAUCCUCUAACAAAAUCAUUAACUAAGACGACCAAGAAGUGGCCCGGGGCAAGCAAAAUGAGAGAGCUGCUUGCCUUAAAAGGACAAGCUUGAACUCAAGUAUUUUUUUAGCCCGUCCUUAAUUAUAACUAACCAAUAAGUUUAGGGCUUGAACUUUGCUCCUCCAAGGUGGAAGACUAUGACCUAAAAAAAUCUACAGGUGAGCCUACAGAGAAAGAGGCAAGUUCUGUGGCCCAUUAGUGGCUGUACAGUACAGGCCACGGGCAUUGCAGCAUUACACACGUGUUUCAUUGUGUGUAAAUCCACCAUGUUUCAUGCAAAUUGCCUGAGAAACACAUGCAUGAAACACGUACGUGUAAAAAAUACACACAAAAAUACAUGUAAGAAAAUACACGCAAAUUUUUCUCAUGUAAAUUUUACACACAGAGGUUGUAACAAUUUGCGUAUAUUCGGUUUACUUGAGUUCUUACAUUAAACUGUAUAUUAAAUGAAUUCUACUCUACUUCGAGAGGAUUAUGCCUGAUUAUUAAUUUUUGUAAUCAUCUUAUGCUAUUCUCAGGAGGCACUAAAACAUCCCAGUUGUUACCGUCUGUACAUUACAAAAGUUGACAAAGACUUCGAUUGUGAUGUGCACUUCCCAGACUAUGAUGAAACUCUCUUUAAGGAAACAAGGUAAGUCGUGGCUUAAUUCUCACUUAAAAAGCAACGAAAUUUUUGUAACAGUCAAUUCAGGUCAAGUGUGCAUGACCAUGAUUCUGUUAAUGAGUUAUUGGUUGUCAACAUAAUUUAUAUAGUUUGCAGGGCUUUCCCCUUGGAAUCUGGGAGACAAGUUUCCAGUUACAUCAUGUUGCUAACAGUCUAACUUUACCUUGUUGUAACAGGGGAGUUUUUUUGUCCCAUACAAACUGCCUUCUACAUUUGUAGAACUGCAAUGAUACACUGAUGCAUUGUCAAGCCGUAACAUUUUCUUCACUCAAUAUAAGCAUCCACAUUUGAUCAAGAUAAUGUAAAUAAUGCUAUUAUACAUUGUACCAUAGAGAUGGUAGAUUGACAAGGUUGAGAAAUCACUGUCUUUGAUAUUCCUUUAAUUCUCCAUGCGAGUUCCGCAUAAUAUAGCCGCAUGUACAGCAAUUUAUGUCAAUUUAAACAAGUGAAAAGCGAACAAUCCCUGCUUCGUGCACAUAAAUAAUCGAAAUGGGGAACUAGAUAGCAAACAAAGGCAUGCAUAUUUAUUCAAUUAAAGAUUGCGGGAAUUUUUUAUUUUUUUAGCUUUUCUGAUGGGAUGGUUAUUCAAGCACAGCAUUAAUUUGAAAUUCACUUUUCUUAAAUCACCGACAACAAUUACGAUAAAUCAUAAUUUGUAGAAUAUGUAAAACAGAAACAUGUUUAAAGUUUCAGUGUCUUGCCUUUUUUGCUUAGGUAGUAAAGUAAUGUCUGUCGAGGGUCAGUGUCUGGAUUAUAUGUAAAUUACCAAGUUUUGACGUGCUUUUUUUUCUUAUUAUCCUCAAAUAAACACUGCAUUCUUCUUAUAGGGUGGCACAUUUAUUUGAGGGCAGCGUUUAUUGGUAAUUAUUUACUUCCCUCUGCAUUUAGUUGAGGGCAGCAUGUAAUCAAGGAAAAACAGUAUUCACUCACUAUUCACUGAACAGCUGUACAGUCAUGUGUGCAUGCAGUGCAUCAUACAGUGUAUCAUGUAUCACCUCAUGGCCCUUGUAUAUUUCUAUCAUAAUCAUAUCAUUGCACUCUACUUCUGACAGUAACGGAUUGUUAAUAAACAUCACACUUAUUUUUGACUUCCUUAUAGUGAUCCUGAGGUACCAGCUAAAAAGCAUGAGGACAAUGGUAUCGAGUUCACAUUUCAUGUGUACCAGCGAGUCUGAGCUAGCAGGUUGAUGCAGUCAUGUACCUUUGAUAAUUAUUUCCUGGCUGCAUUGUUAACCAUAACUAAAAUGCACUACAGUAACUAAAUUCAAUGUAGUAGUGGUGGCCUAUGAAAUUUUUGGUAUAAUGCAAAAAAAAAUGUCUCUUGUACUGAGACACAAAAUGAGGACGAAUCUGGUGCCAAAUGGAGUACAGAGUUGAAAUAAAAAUAUUAGUGAAGGACUGACAACCACAUGCAAUGUACUGGUAACUUACAAAGGUGAUACAAGUAAAUUUAACUCUCAAGUUAAGAAUAAGGUGCCAGUAUUAACCUCUGGAAUUAUUCUGUGAAAAAACAAUAAAGAAUUAAUUUUUGGAUAGCCUUUUGCAGACAAUUUAUUUUAUUACUUGAGGUUGCCUAGCACCCAGAGUCAUAAUCUGCAAGCUGCUUUUCUUCUUUGUAAAUUGAGGACACAAAAGGGAGGUUGGGCUCCCAGGCAUUCCUAGCGGCGACCAUGAAAACUGGGAAUAAGAAUCGUGACGACUUUCAUUACUUGCAAAUGAGGCUCGUGAUAAGCAUCUGGUUUAU